AUGGGCCGUUUGCUCUAUGAACUGGGGAGAGUUGACGAAAAGACCCGUGUUGCUAAUGAGAGAGGCAGCAGUAAAGCUGGAAAGAGCAGCUUCAGCUGGGCAUGGGAGUUAGACGGAACCAUCGAAGAACGAGAGAGAGGAAUCACGAUGGACAUUGCUUUACAAUCUUUGUCAACCCCUCAACGACAAGUCACCAUUCUAGAUGCCCCUGGACACAAGGACUUCAUCCCAAACAUGAUUUCUGGAGCUGCACAAGCUGAUUGCGCGCUACUUGUAGUUGAUGCUAUCACUGGAGAGUUCGAGGCAGGUUUCGACCGCGGUGGUCAGACUCGUGAACAUCUGCUGCUAGUUCGGAGCCUCGGUGUAUCUCAAGUUAUUGUGGCAGUCAACAAAUUAGAUCAGGUCAAUUGGGAUCCGAGUCGAUUUGAAGAAAUAUGUGGGUUGUUACGUGCCUUCCUUGUCCAGUCUGGGUUUCCCUCUUCGAAAACGAGCUUUGUCCCAGUAAGUGCCAUGCUCGGCGUUAACCUUGUCAACAACGCCGAUGCUUCGGUACUGUCUAAAUGGUACAAAGGCCCUACACUGGUUGACUUGCUUGAUAAACUGGAGCCCCCCACUCGAGAAAUUGCUUCCCCAUUAAGAUUGCCGAUAUCCAAUGUCUUCAAGGGACAAAAUUCCGGAACGGGUGUAACUGGUCGUAUAUGCGGUGGCGUUGUGCAAGUCGGAGAACGCCUUCGAGUACUUCCGGGAGAUGAAUCUGCAAUAGUUCGACUCAUCGACGUGGAGGAACAGAGCGUGCCUUGGGCAGCAGCUGGAACCAAUGCAACUCUGUACCUGACCUCCAUCGACCCUAUCCAUCUGAGCAUCGGAAGCGUCCUUUGCCCGCCAUCGGAUAUUGUGCCAUUGGCUACAGUCUUCACAGCUCGAAUCAUAGUAUUCGACAUCCAGCUCCCAAUCACUACUGGUACAUCAAUCGAGCUGUUCCAUCACUCACGAGAUGUACCUGCCACGAUAUCAAAGUUGAUAGCUACCUUAGACAGAGCUUCUGGGGUAGUGACGAAGAAGAAUCCUCGGGUACUGUCCAGGGGUACUUCUGCUGAGGUGGAGAUUAGCCUGCGUGUCGGGACCUUAUCAGGUCCUACACUCAGUACUCGCCCUAUUCCAUUGGAGCCAUUCUCUGCGAAUAAAGAUAUGGGAAGAAUUCUCGUUCGACGAGGAGGUGAGACGAUAAGCGCAGGUAAGCCAUUGACCAUCGGAGCCGUCGAGGUUCUCAUCGCUUUGCCAGGUAUUGUUUUGGACAUUAUCUCUUGA